AUGGAGGAUGGGAUGGCAGAAAUGAUGGCUGGUGGGUUGAUGACCAACGUGCCGCUCAACGCGAUGCUGAAUGGUGGAGCUGGGGCGAUCGACAACAUGGAGCACAAGGAGAUCGCCAACAUACCUCAGACAGCAGCACAAGUGAUCCACGGCAUCGUGCCCAUGGCUUCUUUCGUCAUGGGGUUUGGGUUGGAAGACAGCGAACAGAUGAUGAGCAACGAUUUCAUGAUGGUGGACAGGGGCGACUACGUCAAGGAAAACGUGAAGACAGAGCUCGGCAAUGGGCGGCGGGCACGUUUGUACCAGCCUGGCAGAAAGCUAUGCAGGCUACAUCAAGCUCGGACCCUACAGACUGGGGAGCACUUCUCUUUCGCCAUCUGGACCCCAUGCCGACGCCAGCAACCGAUGCUACAUGGGAUGCACAACCUCCAGGGGCGGACACUCCAGAUUGGGACGUACCAGCAAAUGACCACAUGCCCCAUGGCCCUGACCAACAAGAGCCACAGACUUGUCAUGGGGAUACACCAUCGAUGGAAACAACCAACCCUGUUGCUGUACCUGGUGCUGACCAACCAAUUGAGGCGGCAGAUGCAUGGUCUGGUUAUCGCUCACCUGCUUCAUGGUGGACAGCUCAACAAUGGGACGACUGGCAUACUUGGAAUGCUGGGACGUCAAUCACAGCAGCUGACGAAGUUCCACCCUCUUGGGGCGAUUCUCAACUUGAAGAACAACAAGAUCCUCCAGAUGAACAACAUCAAGCUAUCCCUCAUGAUCUACCUGGAGGACACUCUGCUACUCAGCCUGAUUCUCGACCUGAAGAACAACAAGAUCCUCCAGAUGAACAACAUCAAGCUGCUCCUUACGAAGACCCUCAUGCAGAUCCACCUGGUGAUCUGGAAGUGCGACCUGAUGAACCACAGGGCGAUGUUCAACCUGGAUGGGGCGAUAAUGGGGCUCUGCAUGGAGAACUUAGUGCUCACCAUGAUGCUCAACCUGGAGACCGCCCACGCUGGUCAGCACAACAAUGGGCUGAUUGGGAGAACGAGGCAGGACCAGACACUGAUGAUGGUGGGGUGUUCAUGCAGGUUAGCAUGUCAGAAGAAGGGGAACUCCACAACCUGGGUAUUCAUGACGAGGGGCGCCGAGAACUUCGAAAUCUACUUCGUGAACUCGCUACUCUGGAACAAGCUGAUGAAGGACCUGAAGGACGAUGGGCUUUACGAUCCUGGUUGGUACGAUGGAGACACGUCUUGGGGGUGUUGGAGCCGCAAGUGGGGUGCCAUCUACCGCUGUUCCGAGAACCUCGAGUGGCAGCUCAGCGUACACGCUUGCUUGGAGUUCGUCUUCCACCUCGUCCUGGACAACCUCGACAACAACAGCGGAGGGGGCGUGAACAUCCUCCGCGUGAACGAAGCCGCAGCAGAGAUGAUCGGGGAAGAUGUGAUGGAAGAUGGAGAGGUCACAAGCAUGGUACAAACAUUCAAUAUGGAAGAGUGGCAAGGACUUAUCAACCAUGGCAUCCUUGGGGCGGACCUCAGUGAACUUGAUGGAUGGCUGGCUGAACUGAGCUUGAGGGUGGGCGACAGAAAUGUGGCCCCACACGUUCGUGCACAGUAUAUGUGGAUGCUGGGCGUUUUCACACGUGCUCUCAGGGGUGCUGUGAACACCAUGAACUUCAUCCUGGAGACCCUUCAGCGACGUGAAGUGGAUGGGGCGAUGCACAUGCCGGCGAAUGAUGAUGCGAGAGCCAGGGUUCUUUCGGGGUGUUAUCGCCCGGCUAUGAUCUCAGCAAGUAUUUUCCACCAAGCAGUGAGAAAUGGGGUGGAUGAUGCCUAUACGGAUCCACAUACAUUGCCUGCUCGGUUGAGAAUCCAGGAAAGACCACCACGACGUGACCCAGGGGAUGUGUCAGAUGAAAUGCUGAGGGGACGUGGAGUACCAGUGGCAGAUGUACUUCGUGGACGUGAAGAAGAUGGAAGGGGACGUGACCGUACACCACGAAUGGCUACCUCGAGAUCUUUGAGGGCGACAAACUUCCUGGCUGAGAUCCCAGCCUCCUCGGGACGUGCGCCGGAACCUGGACAUCUUAUACCGGCUGAACCAGCAGAGGGCGACAUAUCCGAACAAGAGAACCAGGAGACCAAUGACCCAGAUACAGACAGUGGGGAGAGCUGGCCACCGUCCAUCACGCGUACCACAACGGAAGCUUUGGUGUGGCAAUCAUGGAAUAAUGGGGAGUAUUACAACUUCGACCUCUCCUUCGCCGACUACAUCAUGGACAACAACCUCUUCUACGCCGUCUACCUCCUCCUCACCGACUACACCGUCGUCAUCGACUACAUCAAGGACGAGGAAGGAGAUACAAAUAGUCUCAUGCAGAGGUUGGGAGUUGAGGAGAAUCUACGACUUCAGUCUUUGGGUCUGGACCGUCGAUGUGUACUUGAACUUGCGGCUUUACUCGAGCGGCUAGCAGGGGCGGCAGAACGUGAAGAUGCAGAUGGUGAUCCUCUCCGUGGUUGGGAAGUGAACUGGGGUGUCGCUCUCCUGGAGCACACACUGCGUCGACUGACGAACCGCCUUGACGAGUUGGGGGCGGUACUAGUCACAAGGUUGGGUCCAGUGGGACGCCUCCCGCCUGAAGACAUCCGUGGGGCGUUCUCUGAGGCAUGCCAACCUUUUGUGCAUGCACUUACUGCCUCAUGCUUGGAGACCUUACAGGAUCGGCUUCGUGAUGCGUGGUUGGAUCCUCACAUGCUUCCGGAUACCUUGAUCCACCAAGGGGGCGAAGGGAUGCAAAGCAGCAUGAUCAGCCACUCUGUCAACACAGCUGCCGAUGAAGGGUUACUGUACCUGGUACUGAUGAUGCUGCUGUACCUGGUGGUGAUGCACAAGAUGAUCAGGAAGUACAUGAACAACUACCUGGAGAAGGUGAACAACUACAUGGAGGAGAUGUCCCUGGAGAUGCUACUGCUGUACGGGACGAUUCGGGAGUAUCUCAACCACUAUGUGAAGAUGAAGUAUGUCCUACGGGCUCUCGAAGCCAUCAUCCAGUUCUGGGAUACGGCAGUGGUUGACUUGAGCGGCUGCGUUGCUCUUUCGGAUGCCGGGCCACUCCUUGCUGGUGGAUAUCAGCCUCCGCCGAACCCCAUGCAUGAUGUGCUGGCUGGCCAGGAUGCUCCGGAAGCUUCCGCACAGGAGACGCCGAAUGCUGCAGCAAAGCCGGCCGACUCGCCACCGCGUCCGGGAGGGCCGAAGGUUCCUCCGUCUGGCGCGAUCCCGGGCAUGCCAGCAGCCUCCCUGCCGGGUACGAAGGCGAAGAAGGAGCCCGGCACCACAGCCGAGGGACUUCCGGUGAAGCCUUCGGCACCCGCAGCGACCACAGCUCCGGAAGUCCCAGGGGCGAAUGGCAAGACGGACCCACGGGAAUUUCGGCAUCGCGGCUUGUGGCCCAAGGAGGUCCUAGCUCUAGGAAAUCCAACUCUCCGAUGGCUGAGCUUAAGCGGCUGUCGUGCACUGCGGAAAGGGCUGGCCCACCUCCGCCGCUGCCAGGCCCUGCGCUUUCUGGACCUCUUUGAGUGUGACUACGUGGAUGCUGGUGAGGUCUUGGAUGCUUGCAUGGCGCCACAAGUCGACUUCGUCGUGUGGCCAAGUCUGGAGCAUUUGCUGCGCUCCGCGCGAAAGGCCGCUCUCUCUCAGAGUGAAGUGCACGACCUGAUGGCGGCAGCACUCGACUCCGCAGAGGAGAAGAGGCACCUGGCCCACCUAGAGGAUGUUAUUCACGGGCUACCGGCCUGCCAGAAGUUGGCGAAGGCCGCUACUCGCGAUGCCGCGGCGAGGGCUGCACAGGAUUUCGGGCUCCCCUUCGAGCAGACCAAAGUCGCGAAGCCGAAGACGUCCUUGUUCCCGGAGCUUCUGCCCGACGAAUCGGAGGACGAGGAGGAAGCCUCUGCAGAGGAGGACCAGGAGGAGGAUCCCCAGUCUUCCCGCGGAGACCUCCAGGCCUGCAUCCAUGCAACGGCUUUUGUUCGGAGAGUGCGGGCGGAUGGCUUCAAGCCCACCGGCGACAUCCAAGGCACGCGACUCUUCCGGAUCUUAGAUGCCGACCGUGAUGGGGUGCUCUCGAAGAAGGACUUUGGCUUCUUGGACCUAAGUCUGGUCCCACCCCACGAGGUGAACGAGGCCAUCGGACUGCUCCUUCGCCGGCACCAGAUGCUGCCCGAUGUCGUGGCCAGCGACCUGGCCGGGCAUGGCUCCCAAAUCGACUUGAAGCGCGUGGUGGAGUGCAUGGUCAUCGCCGGGGUCGAGGAGGAGAUAGCGAAGCCGACUGUUGCUGGGCGUAGUUUGCUUCUCUUGCUGACAGAGGCCUCGUUAGAAUCGAAGGAGGCAGGGCCACUGACGGACGAACUCUAUGCCCAAGGCUUCUCAACCGUGACUGUCCCUAUCGGCCCUGUCGUGAUCCUGGCGAUUGUCAUCUUGAUCCUGCUCCUUGCAGUGCACGAGGGCUUUGUCGCUGCAGGGGCAAAGCCGCUUCUUGCAAAUCACGAGAAGCCCAACAGCCUGCCAUUGCAAUGCACCUUUGCCACAAAUUGGCUUCUCCUGAUGGUCACCCUUUCAAUGCUGGUGCCGGACUCUCUGGAUUACGCACUUGCCAUGGGACACUCCGCCACCGCCAGCGGAGUUUUCCUCAGUGCACCCUUUGUUCUUGCAAUGAUUGGCAAUUUUCUGGGGAGACCUCUCACAAGCGAAGUGAAUUGGGAUCAGCGAUUCGCCCGAAAUUUGUGUGUGGGCUGCCAGGGUGUAACAGUUGCUGGCAGCCUCACGCUGGCAUUCUUGAUGCAAGCGGCCUCCCACUGGAGCGAAGCGACGAAGCAAACCUCCUUCUGGUGCUUCCUCCUUGUAAGUAGCGCGAGCCAAUUCUUUAACGCUUUGCCGAUCGUGGCCUGGGCCACCAUGUGGAAUGUCGUCACACCCAACAGCCAGAAGACGAUCUGGAGCAUGAUCGCCAUCGCCUGUCGCCACUGUGGCCUGGUAUUUGGCCCCAUGGCUUUCGCAGCCCUCAGCUUCUCGGUGCGGAAGGGGCGCGACAUUUCUCCGAUCAGCUUGAUGGGCUGGUCCUACGUUGGCCUCGCGAUGUUUCAAGCUCUGGCACUGACAACCGCGUGCCUUUGCUUGCCGACGGUGGUGUCUCCUCCGACGGAAGAUCGAAAAGCUGCGACUGAGGAUGAACAGAUGGAGCUGAGCCCCGAGGAACUGGCACCCGAGUCGCGAGAGGAGAUUGUGAAGAACAACAUCCUAUACUGCUAUGAGCGGACCUUCACCGUCGCCGCCCUCGAGGUCUCCACAAUGAUGCUCUUAGAAGUGCAGUAUGGGUGGUCGAAAGAAGCCUGCGGAGCUUCCUUCGUGACAAUCGGUGUGACCACGGUGGCCACCACCAUCAUCUCCACCAUCCUGGUGAGCAGGAAGUGGAUCAGAGAGUCCUGGCUCUUCCUGGGAUCCACCUUAAUCUCCCUCUCCGGCGUCUUCCUGCUCUUUGACUGGAGGCUCCUUAAUGGAGCCUUUGGGGGCUCCUCCCUUCUCUUCGCCGACUCCUUGGUCUACGCCUUCUCCGGCGUCUCCAACGGCAUCGCGCAGGGCUGGGCCGCCCGGGCGGCCAUGAAGGGCACCAAGUACGAUAUCCAGACCUACCGGGUGCAGAAUAUGGCUGCAGUCCAGAUUAGCCGGUUCCUGGUCCCCGCCCUCACCCGUUUCAUCGUCGAUUUCGGAGGCCGGAAUGUUUACGUCCUGGUUCAGCUGCUCAUGUGCGCCAUGGGCACCUCCACCGUCUGGCGCACCGUGAGCCUGGUCUGGCGGGGCGCGAAGGAUGGCCAGAGCCAGAAAGCCACUGCCAAGAGUUCAGGCUGCGAUCCUGUGUGA